AUGUUUAAGGCGGCAAAACAAUUGGUGGUUAUGUCUCGGUUCUUGGAACCUGGUUGGCAAGCUACUCUGGACAUGCUUGAGCAGGUUUCGGGGAUGACGCUCUGUGAACUGCCCUCUUUGUGGGGUUUUCAUUGUUGUGAGUGUUGCUUGAAGUUGUAA